UCAAUUCAAAAGUGGGAUUCUCACCGAAACCGAUCUGCUGGAGCUUUCCGCGAGACGCGAGAGAGCAUCUUGAGUAACACGCCGCGACGCAAACUCUCUCAGUCGAGAUUGAGCUUUACACAGACCAAGUUCAACAAUUAGUAGAGUAGGGUAGAACGAUGACAACGUCAAGCGAUCACCAAGUUCACGGUCUGUACCACGAUCUAAUCAGUGCCGGUGAAUGCGAACAGAUUGUUCGGAAUUCUCUCAAGGUUGAAGAGUUUGUGAUUUUGGGGUUUAAGCUGACCAAGAUUCCGGGACAUUUGGGAUUUCUCGGAGAGUAUUUGCAUUUGAACGUGGAGGUUGAGAUCAAUGGGCAACGAUCGAGUCAGCGGUACUUUAUCAAAUCGCUCCCACUGGGCGAUAAGAACCAGCGCGAGAUGAUGGAAGAAAUGGGCUUCUUCCGGAAGGAGGUUCGCGUCUACUCGGAGAUUCUGUCCAAGUUCGGCAACAACGAGGGAUCGUCCAAGUGGCGCCCGGAUUGCUACUACACGCGGGACGAUCUGAUCGUGCUGGAGGACGUAAAGUGGCACAAUGGAUUCACCAUGGUGCAUUACAAAACCGCACUCGAUCAGCCUCAUUUGCAUCUGGUGUUGGAUGCCGUAGCUCAGAUGCAUGCCUGUUCGCUGAAUCACGAGUACAAUCUGGCCGGAAGACGGAGACUGGACGAGUCGCACAAAGAUGUGCUGUUUGAGGCUUCGGUGUCGCGAGAUAAUGGAUGGUUUAUGGCGGGAUUAAGCGGUAUUCGAGCGAUCGCGUUGAAUGGAACCAAGUAUUGCAAGGAUGCUGCGAAAAAGGAGCUCAUGGAAAAGGAAUUGGAAGGCAAGCUGAAUCGGGUGUUUGAUAUUGUCAAGCCAACCCACCAGUAUCAGAACGUCCUCGUUCAUCGAGAUAUCUGGUUGAACAACGUAAUGUUCCAGUUCAACGAGGAUCAAUCCCCCACAGCUUGCGUCCUCCUGGACUUCCAAAUCUGUCGCUACCUUCCUCCGAUCAUCGACUUCCUGCUCACACUCUACCUUACUACUAGAAGAUCCCACCGAGACGAGUUCUUCGAUCACUACCUCAACUUUUACCACGAUCAACUCGCAAACAAACUGCGAACCUUCAAGCUAGACCCGGAGCAAAUCCUUCCAAAAUCUCAACUAGAAACGACCCUCAAAGAGUACCGUUUGAUUGCGCACGUGUUCACCGGAAUCUAUUUGGGACUCACUAACUUGCCGGCGAAUGUGUUGGACGAUUUGCACCAAAAUGAGCCGGAACGGUAUCAUCGGUAUUGCAACGAAAAUAGGGACGAGUUGAUGCUGAGGUACCUUCGGGAGGAUACGUUCUACAGGGAGACCAUGACCGAGUGUGUCGAGGAGAUGUUGGAGUAUUUAUUUGAAUUUUAAUAAAACUUGUAAAAGAUAACUUCAACUGAGUUAAAAAAAAUCAAA